UGAUGGCGACUGGGCAACUUCAAGGCAUAAGAGCUUUUGUACCACAUAAACAUUGUGCAACUAAUAACGGAAAGCGAAACAUCGUUUUAUUAUAGCAAUGUUUUAUUAGAAUAUAUAAGAUAAGGGAGGAGAGGCGCAUGUCGCAGUUAUGGGACUGUGGUUGUCAAACGUUCUUUAGUUUCUAUGAAACGAAACGGAGAAUAGGCGAUCUUCGACCGAGUCGCACAUUUAUAAUCUGCUGGAUGACAAACAUUGCUGUCAGUAGUGAUUCUCUGUCAAACGUUCCUUGUUUGCUUUAUUUCGGCUUGCUGUAUGAUAUCAAUCAAUCGCAAAAACAAUCUAACAGCAAGUACUUCAACGUCGAAACACCUGGAGCGGAACCUCUGAGGAACCGCUGAGGACCGCUAAGGAUGAAAUUCACAGAGCACCUUUCGGCGCACAUCACUCCUGAAUGGAGAAAACAAUACAUCCAGUAUGAGGCGUUUAAGGACAUGCUCUACUCUGCCCAGGACCAGGCUCCCUCUAUUGAAGUCACAGACGAGGACACUGUCAAGAGGUACUACGCCAAGUUUGAGGAGAAGUUUUUUCAGACGUGCGAGAAGGAGCUUGCCAAAAUCAACACAUUCUACUCUGAAAAGCUGGCAGAGGCCCAGCGCCGUUUCGCCACCCUGCAAAAUGAGCUGCAGUCAUCAUUGGACGCCCAACGGGAGAGCAGCAUGCAGGGACUCCGUCGUCGCCGUAAGGCCGUCUUCCAUCUGUCUCAGCAGGAACGCUGCAAACACCGCAACAUCAAGGACCUGCAGCUGGCCUUCUCCGAGUUCUACCUCAGCCUCAUCCUGCUGCAGAACUACCAAAAUCUGAACUUCACAGGUUUCCGCAAGAUCCUGAAGAAACAUGAUAAAAUCCUGGAGACAUCGCGGGGGGCCGACUGGCGUGUGGCCCACGUGGAGGUGGCUCCGUUCUACACCUGCAAGAAGAUCACCCAGCUGAUCUCGGAGACUGAGGCCCUGGUAACGCAAGAGUUGGAAGGAGGGGACCGGCAGAAAGCCAUGAAGAGGUUACGAGUUCCCCCACUGGGUGCUGCUCAGCCUGCCCCGGCGUGGACCACCUUUCGUGUCGGGCUGUACUGUGGAGUCUUCCUCGUCCUCAUGGUCACUGUCGUAAUCACUGGUGCUGUGGUGAUAGAGAACUCAAACGUGUGGCCACUCGUGAGGAUCUACCGCGGUGGCUUCCUGUUGAUCGAGUUCCUCUUCCUGCUGGGUAUCAACACAUAUGGCUGGCGCCAGGCAGGGGUUAACCACGUGCUCAUCUUUGAGCUGAACCCCCGUAACAACCUCUCCCACCAACAUCUCUUUGAGAUUGCUGGUUUCCUGGGGGUGCUGUGGUGUGUAAGCCUCCUCUCCUGCCUUUUCUCCAAGUCCAUCCUCGUGCCCAUGCAGGCCAACCCAUUGGCCCUCUACGGCUUCUUCCUCCUCUUCCUCAUCAACCCCUUCAAGACGUGCUACUACAAAUCACGCUUCUGGCUCCUCAAACUGCUGUUCCGUGUGAUGACCGCUCCGUUCCACAGGGUGGAAUUUGCUGACUUCUGGCUGGCCGACCAGCUCAACUCUCUCGGGAUGGUUCUCAUGGAUCUGGAGUACCUCAUCUGUUUCUACAGCUUCCAGCUCAGCUGGAAGCAACAGGAUGGGCUACUGCAAGAUGGUAAAGGUGUGUGCCUCUCGUACUCGUAUGGCGUGCGAGCAGUGAUCCAGUGUCUGCCAGCCUGGUUCCGCUUUGUACAGUGCCUGAGGCGUUACCGCGACUCGAAACGGGCUUUCCCUCACCUGGUUAACGCUGGGAAAUACUCAACCACCUUUUUUGUGGUCACCUUUACUGCGCUCUACAAAACCCAUAAAGUUACUGACCAUCCGGACACCCAGAUUUUCCUCUACAUUCUGAUUGGCUGUUGUGUAGUGAGUUCUUGUUACACACUGAUAUGGGACCUAAAAAUGGACUGGGGCCUCUUUGACCGCAACGCUGGAGACAACACUUUAUUAAGAGAGGAGAUUGUCUACCCCCAGAAAGCUUAUUAUUACUGUGCCAUCCUGGAGGAUGUCCUGCUACGUUUUGCCUGGACAAUACCACUGUCCCUGAGCACAUUCAGCGCAAUACCCUCAGCUGCAGACAUUGUGGAAACCGUCCUAGCCCCUCUAGAGGUGUUCAGGCGUUUUGUGUGGAAUUUCUUCCGAUUGGAGAAUGAGCACCUGAACAACUGUGGUGAGUUCCGAGCCGUGAGGGACAUCUCUGUGGCUCCGCUGAACGCAGAUGACCAGACGCUGCUGGAGCAGAUGAUGGACCAGGAGGACGGCGUCAGGAACCGGCUGGGCAAGAAGAACUGGAAACGCUCCUAUAGCAUGUCCCUGAGACGGCCGCGCCUCGCUUCCCAGACCAAGACCCGGGACACCAAAGUUCUCAUCGAGGACACUGACGAUGACACCUGACAUCAGGCCAGACCCAUUGCAUCCAUUGCAUGGGUACAGAACCUCUUUAAAGGACCACGCCCUUCCUAGGGUCAUUUGGUUGUUUGACCCACUCCCUCAGCUUCUCCAAUCAGCCCAUCACAGAGCUGCCUAUCUACACCUCACAUGCAUCAACACUGCGCACAUGAGUACAAAGACAUUAAUACAGGAGUACACAGAGGAACACUGUUGGACGAAUACAAAUGUCACGCAAAACCGCUAUUUUUAAGCCACUUUAUUUUGUUACAUUCAUUAAGUACUGAGUUGAAGUCACCCGUUAUGUUGAAUUAGGGGGAAGAGAGGAAUGAUCACGACCGUGUGUAAAUGUUAUUGUAAAUAUCGGGCAGAACAAACGGGAGGACCAACUCAAUUUCUGGACAGUUAAUCAGAACCUAAUAUAUAAAAAAAGACAAUGACAGCUUUGGACUCGUGAUCAGACACUCCUCUGCAAUCAGUCUGGUCCAAGACUUUCUUGAUGUUCGGAUGUGCUUUUUUGAUUAACAUGAUGUAGGUGACCAUUGAUGUCACUGUCCUUUCCCCAAGUUCUUCCAUGAAUACCUUAGUUUAAUUUUUAUUUUGUUGAAUGUACAUUUAAUUGUUAUUUAAGGGGAGAGAUGCCUAAAACAUUUUGACAGCGAAAUGUUUUUUAUUUACAAAAAAAUAACAAAAAUUUGUGGGUCUGAUUUGAUAUGGGACUGCUAAAGCAUCUGCCUCGUUCAAAUGCCUCGUUCCCAAACUUUUUUGGCCUAUGACCCCAUUUUGAUAAACACUUUUCUGAAAGCUCA